AUAAAAAUCCUCUACUGCGGUUCCCUACACUCUUCCAACUGAACAUUUUAGUAAUUUAUCAAAGGAUCUUGCCACAGUACCCAGUAAUAGUAAAAACUACAAUAAAAAUGAAGCAGCUUAGUCAGUGCUAGAAGAAAGAAAGCAUUUAAAUAAAAAGUGCAAGCAUUAAUUGGAAGAAGGUAUGGUCAGAUAUUCUUUGUAAAGUUUUGGGGAAAUCGUGAGGAACUCUGCUGUCCUAGCUUUAAGAGGAAGCUGAUUCCACAAUUGGGGUGCCAGGAUGGAGAAGAGCCUAUGACUUGGCUGAGCAGGAGCUGGCCUGGGUUUGACCAUGGCCUGAAGGUAAGGUGGGGCAGUUGCCCUUCAUCCUCUGUAGGCAAGCACCCUGGUCUUCUGAUGGAUACAAGCUAUAAAUGGAAGCCAGUGGAUUCUUCUGGGCAGCAGGUGACAGGAGAAAACUUGGAAAAGAUUUAAUACCAGGCAGGUUGCAGUGUUCUGGGAAAGCAGAUACGACUGUCUAUCACACGGACAUUAAGUGUUUUGAUAUGCUUCUCUUGCCACUUCACCCCUUUACCAUGCAGCAACCACAGAUCAAUGCCAAGGCAAGCCCGUGUAGCCGAGCCUUGUGAAGUAAUAUACGCUAUUAAUGGAGAACUGCAUUACCCAGGGUCCCUUUUUGUGUUCUGCAGUGAUGUGGGGUGUGGCAGUGGCUGAAUGAAGUAACUAGUGAGAGACAGUGUGUGCUCUGCACUGCACACUGUAGUCGAACGAGCAGCAGCAUUUUUGCUCGGCUUGCACGAGAGCAUCAGGCUUUAGCUCCGGGCCGCGAGAAGAACGUGCCAUGAUGAACGGAGAAUUCCGGUAAAACCGUUGGUGAAUGUAUUGAUUGAUUGACUGGGACGUAUUAAAGGCUGUUCUGGCUUUGUUAGGGAAUAAAGCCCAGUUAACAAGCAGGUAGACAAAAUACACCAAGACCGCAACGGACCGAAAUUGAACCGUCGCACAGGCGCUGUGAGAGCUCGUGAUUAGGCUGUUUAUUUCUUUUCCAAGCGCCAGUUAGGGUGAUUACGGAGCGCAAGUUGUGUGUAAUAACGCGGAUAAACGAGAGCCCUUCUGUGGAUUACAUUGUUACUGUUGCCGGUCAAAAACUGACAGAUGGAUUGGAUUACGGAUGCGAAUGUAAUAUCUAAUUGUAAAAUAAUAUAUCCAAGAGCUCAACGGUGGGGAUUCUUCCAGAGAGAUUCUAGUUGAAAACGGAGAAAAAUUUAUCAAAGGCUACAGAUACCGACGGAUAAAGGGAUUUUAAUUUGGGACCAAUGAGAGAUCAAUAACAUUACUAAUAUGAUUAUUAAACCGCCUAAUCAACUGCUAAAUUAAUGUGAUUUAAACCGGGUCAUUUUUCUCACAAGGCCAGAAGUACAAUAGGACUAGAUUAGUGGCUUGUUACUAGGCUACAGCAACCUAGUGCCUUCUCUCGAUACUGUCGUCAUAUAGGCCUUCUGUAUUGGUAAAGGAUGAUUUACAGAUCUCUGUGUUAGUAUAGAAGGUUUCUGUGUCAGAUAUAAUUUCUGUAUCGAUAUAGCAUAUUACUGUAUUAGUAUAGAAGGGUUACUGUAUCGUGCAGCAUUACUGUAUUGGUAUGUGAGGUUACAGUAUCGUUAUCAGAUAACAUUAUUGGUAUUAGAAUUUAUACAAAUUAUUACUGCAUUGUUUUAGCAGGUUACAGGAUCACUGUAUUGUAUGCGAGGACACUGUCAUAACGGGAUUACUGUAUUUAAUGGGAUGUUACUGUAUCAUAACAGGAUUACUGUAUGGAUAUAGAAGAUAAUUGAACCACUGUUAAAAGCACUGUUGACAUCAGUACCAGAAGAAAAGCUAACUGAAAUACCACAACACACAAAGUGAAAUAGAUUGAAUAGGUAUAUUAAUAGUAAUUUAUAGUCAGGAUGUCUAAGGUGAAGGGUUGUGAGACAGUGAAGGUUGUGGUCCGAUGUCGCCCGUUGAACCGCAAGGAGGCAGCGGCAGCUGGGGUUUCUGGGACUCCAGGAGGAGGGGGUGGCAUCGUAGAAAUGGACGUGCGUCUGGGUCAGGUGGUCUUACGGAACCCCCGCGCUCCACCCGGCGAGCCGCGGAAGACGUUCACGUUUGACUCGGUGUACGACGCUUCGUCUAAACAGCGCGACCUCUACGACGAGACCGUGCGGCCGCUGAUCGACUCGGUCCUGGACGGCUUUAAUGGGACCAUCUUCGCCUACGGCCAGACCGGAACGGGGAAAACGUACACCAUGCAGGGGGCAUGGCUGGACCCAGAGAAGCGGGGUGUCAUUCCCAACGCCUUUGAACACGUCUUCACCCAGAUAUCCCGCUCCUCGGGCGACCGUCAGUACCUGGUCCGGGCUUCUUACCUGGAGAUCUACAGAGAGGAGAUAAGGGACCUACUGGAUCAUAAUGUGCAGUCCACCCACGGCACCCCUGCCCGCUCCCUGGAGCUGAGGGAGAACCCGGAGAGCGGCGUGUAUGUGCGCGAUCUGACCUCCUGCGUGUGCAGGAGCGUGAAGGAGGUGGAGGAGGUGAUGAACCUGGGAAACCAGGCGCGCUCCGUCGGAGCCACGGACAUGAACGAGCACUCGUCCCGGUCACACACCCUGUUUCUCCUCACCGUGGAGUGCUCCCAGACGGGGCCAGAUGGCCGGCAGCACAUCAGGGUGGGCCGUCUUAACCUGGUGGACCUGGCAGGCAGCGAGCGGCAGGCGAAGACGGGCGUCCACGGUGAACGCCUGAAGGAAGCUGCUAAGAUCAACCUGUCUCUGUCCGCGCUGGGCAACGUGAUUUCCGCGCUGGCGGACGGGCGCAGCGGCCAUGUUCCGUACCGGGACUCCAAACUCACCCGAUUAUUACAGGACUCUUUGGGCGGCAACGCCAAGACGGUGAUGGUGGCGACGUUAGGCCCCGCCCCCCAACACUACGAGGAAACCCUGACCACACUGCGCUACGCCAACAGAGCCAAGAACAUUCAGAACCAGCCAAGAGUCAACGAAGACCCGAAAGAUGCCUUGCUCAGAGAGUUCCAAAAGGAGAUUGAACGGCUUCGGGCCCAGCUCAGCCACAGGAAGGGGAGGGGCAAACACAGGAAAGAGGAAGGAGAGGAGGACUGGGACACAGAAAGAGAGGAGGAGGAGGAAGUAGAGGACAGAAAGCAGCAGGAAGACCGGUUGGAGGAGGAGAAGGAAGCCAUCAGAGAAGAUGGCUCCCUACUGGCUCAAGAGAAGCAGAGGCUCCUGGGAGAGAACGAAAGGAUGAUGGGAGAUCUAAGAAAAGAGCGGGAUGCCACCGAACAGCUGACCCGCAAGUACAAGGCAAUGGAGAGCAAGCUCCUGGUUGGAGGGAAGAACAUCAUGGAUCACACAAACGAACAGCAGAGGACGCUGGAGAAGCAGAGGCAGGAGAUCGCUGAGCAGAGUCGUAGAGAGAGAGAGAUGCAACAGCUGAUGAUGGUUCAGGACGAAGAGACCGUAGAACUCAGAGAGACUUUCUCUUCACUGCGACAGGAAGUGGAGGCCAAAACAAAGAAACUCAAGAAGUACCUAAAGCUCUAUGCUAAGCUGCAGUGUGUGAAGGCUGAGAUACAGGAUGUUAAUGAUGAGCAUGUCAGGAGUCGACAGGAGCUGGAGCAGACGCAGAACGAACUCACCAGGGAACUCAAGUUCAAGUAUCUGAUCAUAGAGAACUUCAUUCCCCCGGAGGAGAAGAAUAAAAUCAUCAACCGACUGACCUUUGACCCCGAGGAGGACCAAUGGAAGUUCGCACCCCUCGUUCCAGCAGAAAGUCAAUUCAGCCAGAUGAAGAGCAGGCCAGUAUCAGCAGUUGGAUAUAAACGACCCAUCAGCCAGUAUGCUCGAGUCGCCUUAGUGAUGGGCGUCCACUCCAGAUACAGGGCUGAGAACAUUAUGUUCCUGGAGCUUGACAUGGCUCCUCCCACCGCCGUCUCCCUGGACCAUCGGCCAUCAGAGUCCACACCCCCCCACACAGACAACAACCCCUGCAGGGACAGAGCUGCACGCGUGCGGAAGUCACGCUCGUGGUGUCAGGCCCCGCGAGCUAUCCCUUCCUCCACCUCCACUGUUUCCCUGGCAACCCAUUCUACAGCCACGCCCACUGCCGCCCAGUGAGGACCCACCUUCCCCACUCCCUCUCUCUAUUUCUAUAUAUACUGCCUCCCCCCUCUAUCUCCCCCCAUUCUCCCUCCCUCCAUCUGUCUUUACCUCUACCUAGCUCACCCUCUCUCUGCCUUCUCCAUCUACCCCUCUCCCUGUCUUUGGGUCUGCCCCAAACAGCAGCCUCGCAAACUCCUCCCCUCUCCUCUCUUGACCAAUCAGCUCUUAAGACGGACAUUACUCAAGUCUCUGCCUCUGCUGCCUCAAUGAUUGGUUAGAGGUCACUGCCGUGGGAGGAGCCAGAGCUUGAUUGACAAGAGCAGACCUACUGUCUGAAGGACUUCACAAACCAGACAACCCCUAGGGUUGUGAAGGAGAAAUUAUUUCUCCAUCUCUUCUCUUUUUGCAUGUUGUUAGUCCCAGGGCCUUCUGGGAUACAGAGUUCUUUAGUCUUUCACCUCCUUGCUGUGGCAGGAGGCUAUACCGAAUCAGGAACUGCGUGCGUGCGUGUGCGUGUGUGUGUGUGUCUGUGUGUACUUGAGUGUGUAUGUAUUUGUGUGUGUGUGACCUAGAAAGCUCACCAUCUAGUGGCAGAACUGCUCAAGUUUAAAAUGAAGAGAGAGUUCAGCUGUGGAUGUUGAUUGAAUGUCUUCGGGUUCUGGUGGAUGAAUACAGUCUAUAGGUAGAGUCAGGAUUCAGCUGUUUGUUUGAUGUCUGAAGGCCUUAGUUGUGUGGUUCAGCUGUGAAUGGGGCCUAGGGCAAUAGCCGGCUGUUAUUGGGGAUACUCAUGAAUAAUCUUUAAAGAGUUUUAAAAUCUGCCACUUCCCCUUUGAAUCAGCUUUUGUUUUGUUGAGAGAGAAAAUAAUGCACAUGUUUAUAAGUGAUAUGCUACUCAAUAAAAGGUCUUGCACAACAGAC